AUGUCUUGGUGGAAGAAGAAGCUCUGCCUGCAACAUUACCUGUGGGCCCUGGGCUGCUAUAUGCUGCUGGCCAUUGUUGCUCUAAGACUUUCUCUCAGAUUGAAAUGUGACUUUGAGCACCUGGAUCUGGAGUCCAAGGACUUUCAAAGCCGGCACUGUAGGGACAUCUUGUACGAGUCCCUGAAGCUACCAGCAAAGAGGUCCAUCAACUGUUCUGGGGUCAUCCGAGGGGACCAGGAAGCAGUAACUCAGGCUCUUCUAAACAACCUGGAGACCAAGAAUAAGCGGAAACCUUUCACAGACACUGACUACCUCAACCUUACCAGGAACUGUGAGCGCUUCCGUGCCAAGAGGAAGUUCAUAGAGUUCCCACUGAGCAAAGAUGAGUUAGACUUCCCCAUCGCAUACUCUAUGGUAGUCCAUGAGAAGAUUGAAAAUUUUGAAAGACUACUGCGAGCUGUGUAUGCCCCACAGAACAUAUACUGCAUCCAUGUAGAUGAGAAGUCCCCAGAAACUUUCAAAGAGGCAGUCAAGGCAAUUAUUUCAUGCUUUCCAAAUAUCUUCAUGGCCAGUAAGCUGGUUCGGGUGGUUUAUGCAUCCUGGUCCAGGGUGCAAGCUGACCUGAACUGCAUGGAAGACUUGCUCCAGAGCCCAGUGCCGUGGAAAUACUUCCUGAAUACAUGUGGGACAGACUUCCCUAUAAAGACUAAUGCUGAGAUGGUCCAGGCCCUCAAGAUGUUGAAUGGAAAGAACAGUAUGGAGUCAGAGAUACCUACCGAGUACAAAAAAACACGCUGGAAAUAUCAUUAUGAGGUGACAGACACAUUGCACAUGACAAGCCAGAAAAAGGACCCUCCCCCUAAUAAUUUACCUAUGUUCACGGGGAAUGCCUAUAUUGUAGCUUCUCGAGACUUCAUCCGACAUGUCUUCGAGAACCCCAAAUCCCAAGAACUGAUUGAAUGGGUAAAAGACACAUAUAGCCCUGAUGAACACCUCUGGGCCACCCUUCAGCGUGCACCAUGGAUGCCUGGCUCUGUUCCCUGCCACCCCAAGUAUGACAUCUCUGACUUGGCUGCCAUUGCUAGGCUGGUCAAAUGGCAGGACCAUGAGGGAAACAUGAGUGAAGGGGCACCUUAUCCACCUUGCACUGGAAUCCACCAGCGGGGUAUCUGUAUUUAUGGGUCUGGGGACCUGCAUUGGAUGCUUCAGAACCAUCAUCUUUUGGCCAACAAGUUUGACCCAAAAGUGGAUGAUAAUGCUCUCCAGUGCUUAGAAGAGUACUUACGCUAUAAGGCCAUCUAUGGUACUGAAAUCUGA